AUGGCAGUGUAUCGACAGCAAGUAGGGAAAAAUCAUCAUGACUUGGUCAAUUUGUUGACUCAACAGAUGACCACAAUUCUGAAUCCCAUGAUGGCUGAUCACGAAUCAAAAUUUGAACGUCUUGCUAGACAAGUCGAACGGAUUGCUCGAAUCGUAGAUUAUGAGGAUGAUGAAAGGCAUAAUGCCAAGGGAAAUAAUGAGGGAUUCGAGAAUUUAUUUCAAAAUGAAAAUGAUGUUGUUAAUAGAGAAAAUCCUCAUGCAGUUCCCCGAGGUCAAAAUGCUGAUGACUUUCUAGUCAGAUUACGUGAUAAUCAUGGCGGUGAACGUUAUCAAGUCACCAGGAUUGUGGAAGAAGUACGGAAUCGAGUUGGUCUGAAUGUUGGUUUUAAGAAUCGACCCCACUUUGUGUCUGCUUUCCCCCAAGUUGUUCAAAUGGCUCAAGUGCCAAGAGGGGUGAAAAAUCCAAAGAUAAUUACAAAGUUUGCUGGGAAAGUCGGAGAAUCAACUAGUGAACAUGUUGCUCGAUAUUUGGUUGAAAUUGGAAAUUUAGCCAAUGAUGAAAAUUUGAAAAUGAAGUUUUUUUCUUCUUCGUUAACGAAGAAUUCAUUUACUUGGUUUUUGACUCUUAGACCAAAUUCGGUAACGACAUGGAAUCAGUUAGAAACUGCUUUUCACGCUCAGUUCUAUCGAGGGAAAAUGAAUGUGGCAGUUACUAAUCUAGUAGCCUUGAAACACGAAGAUGGUGAAACCAUUGAUGAUUACAUGAUAUGUUUUAAGAAUGCUAGGAGCAGAUGCUAUGUUUCAUUACCUGAGAGUGAAGUGGUAAAAAUAGCAACUGCGGGGUUAGGAUUCUAUAUGCGCAGGAAGUUGCUUAAUAUGAAUAUCCUUGAUUUAGCCCAUUUGGCCGAAAAAGUUUGUCAGACCGAACUUAUGAAAAAGGAGAAAGAGAAGUAUAGGAGUGAGCAAUGA